GAUAAGAGCAAAUCUUCACUCUCUCAAUAACCACCCAAUCGUUCUUCUUCCUUGUUCAUCUCCCUCUCUCUGCGCCUCUACCUUCAAAUCUCCGAAUGGCAUCUGCCGCCUCCAGCACCGCCUUCUCCCUCCUCAAGCCCACCGCCGGCGCUGGCGCCGCCGCCGCCACCCGGGCACGCGCUUCCCUCUUGCCCAUUUCAACCGCCGGCUCCAUCGCCGUCUCCUCUCGCCGCCUCGGCUUCUCUUCCGUUGUGGACUCUCGCUUCUCCGUCCACGUUGCGUCCAAGGUCCGGUCGGUACGCGGGAAGGGGACAAGGGGAGUGGUUUAUGGUGACUUGACCUCCGCGGAUUUGAAAGGGAAGAAGGUAUUCGUGAGAGCGGAUCUGAAUGUGCCUCUCGACGACAGCCAAAACAUCACUGACGACACCAGAAUCCGCGCCGCCAUCCCCACCAUCAAGUAUUUGAUCGAGAACGGCGCUAAAGUCAUCCUUUCCAGUCAUCUGGGAAGGCCAAAGGGCGUGACACCAAAGUACAGCUUGGCCCCUCUUGUUCCCAGGCUUUCUGAGCUCCUGGGUAUUCAGGUCGUGAAGGCUGAUGACUGUAUCGGUCCAGAGGUGGAAAGCUUGUUGGAUUCCCUUCCUGAGGGCGGAGUUCUGCUUCUUGAGAAUGUGAGGUUUUACAAGGAAGAAGAGAAAAACGAACCCGAGUUCGCCAAGAAGCUAGCUUCCUUGGCUGACCUUUACGUCAACGAUGCCUUUGGGACUGCUCACAGAGCCCACGCUUCGACCGAGGGAGUCACAAAGUUCUUGAAGCCAUCCGUUGCUGGUUUCCUUCUGCAAAAGGAGCUGGACUACCUCGUUGGCGCAGUCUCAAGCCCAAAGAGACCAUUUGCUGCCAUUGUGGGUGGUUCGAAGGUCUCAUCCAAGAUCGGAGUUAUCGAGUCGCUCCUCGAGAAAUGUGAUAUCCUUCUACUCGGUGGUGGAAUGAUCUUCACAUUCUACAAGGCGCAAGGUCUUUCUGUCGGGUCAUCCCUAGUUGAGGAAGACAAGCUUGAAUUGGCGACAUCACUGCUUGCGAAGGCUAAGGCCAAAGGUGUCUCUCUCUUGUUACCUACAGACGUUGUGAUUGCUGACAAGUUUGCUCCUGACGCUAACAGCAAGGUCUUGAAUGCGGUUAACUGUCGACUUCCUGACGGGUGGAUGGGAUUGGACAUUGGGCCGGACUCUGUGAAAACAUUCAAUGACGCACUGGACAGCACACAGACAAUCAUCUGGAACGGACCGAUGGGAGUCUUUGAGUUCGACAAGUUUGCUGUCGGAACAGAGGCGGUGGCGAAGAAGCUGGCAGAGCUGAGCGAGAAGGGGGUGACGACGAUCAUAGGAGGAGGAGACUCAGUAGCGGCAGUGGAGAAAGUGGGAGUGGCUGGUGUUAUGAGUCACAUCUCCACUGGCGGUGGUGCCAGUCUCGAGUUGUUGGAAGGCAAGCAGCUUCCCGGUGUUAUUGCUCUCGAUGAAGCUGCCCCUGUCACUGUCUGAGUCUCUCUCCCUCUCUCUCUCUUCUUCCUUUUUGUUUGUUUUUUUUUAUUACAAGGGCUUGAGGUGUAAUAUUAGACACAGCUAAAAUGCUGUAGGAAGAGAAGAGACGACUGAGUUUCUGCUUCCGUUGUAAAUCUUUCUUCACUGUCGGCCUUUUGAUGUGAGGCCCCCAUUCAUAUGUACCGUACAUGUACUCCAGGGUCGUACGGACUACGGAGUCUCGCAAUAAAAUCAUUUUAUAUCUC